AUGGACGCCGCACUAAAAAUCUUCUUCUCGUCCCCCCGCUUCGCAGUCGCAGGCGCAUCUUCCGACCCCCAAAAGUUCGGAUACAAAGUAUUCGCAUGGUACCUCCAGCACUCUCUCCCCGCAACACCCAUAAACCCGCGCAGCCCCAGCGUCUCAAUCCUCCGACGUGACCACCCCACCGUGCCCUCUCCGUCCGCGCUCUCAGACCCCCCAGCAUCCUCGUACUCCCUCUCCGUCAUCACGCCGCCGGCCGUUACAAAGAAACUGCUGCAGGAAGCGAAAGAAGCAGGCGUGCCGGCUGUGUGGUUGCAGCCUGGGAGCUUCGACAGAGACGUGUUGGAGUACGCGCGGGCGAACUUCAAGGCUGCGAUUGCGGGGGAUGGUGCGUGCGUGCUUGUUGAUGGGGAAGAGGGGCUGAGGCUUGCGGAGAGGGAGUGGUCGAGGCUUUGA